UCUCGAGAAGAUGGCGGCGCCCUUAGCGCGGCAGCUGGAGGAGCUGCUCGACCCCCGGCCCAGCCUGCGGGACCCCGAGGACGACGCGGAGGAAGCUACAGUUGCUAAAGUCAUUGAUAAAUUUGAGGAUGAAACUGCAGAUGACAUUCUCCCUGUUGGUAAUCUACGGAAAAAAACUUCAGCCUCUCUCUUGGAAGCUGAUCAAAGGUACAUUGGAAAAGCUACAUCACGCAAAGCCUUGCAAGAAGAGCUCUGGGGAAAUGCUCUGUCUGAAGCUGAAGAAGAAUCAGAUGAGUGGUACAGCGGCAGUGAAGAUUCAGAAGAGAAUGGCAGCUUAGGCAGUAAAACAGAGAAGAAGCCCAGCAGUGCUGGCAGUGACCAGGAGGAUGACUUAGAAGAAGAUGAAGAGACAGAUCUGUCUGUCAAGGCCAAGGCACCAAAGUUCAGUUUCCAGAAUAUCACAGACUUUGAGAGAUUUACGGAGGGUAUGGAUGACAUAGGAAGCAGCGAAGGGGAGGAUGAAGAUGAUGAUGAUGAUGAUGAAAAUGAUGCCAGCAUGGAAGAAGGAAGUGAUGAAGAGGAGGAAUAUGGGAUUGAAAACCAGAACAAUAUAGAGGAAACUAAAGACAGUGAAGAUGAUGGGGGGGUGAUGACAUUCUCAAAAAGACAAGAGGAUGAAGAAGUAGAGAAAGGAAAAGCUGUGAAGAACCAGCUAGCUUUGUGUGAUCAACUGUUGGAAGGGAGAAUCAAGAUGCAGAAGGCACUCAUAACAGCCAAUCGGCUUCCACAGCCAGAUACUUACCCACUCUUCAGGAAGGAAGGUGGACAAGAGUUUGACAGUGCUGUCCAGAACUGUUGUAAAGCCCUGGAGGCAUUGCUGAAAGUAUUAGUGGAACUUCAGGAUGAGCUGCUUUAUCGAUACCCAGGCACAAGGCAUCUGGUAGAUGGAAAGCAAUCAAAAACUGAGAGUGAUGAUGAAAUCCCUAGCAGUAGUGAUGAAGAGCAAGUGGAUAAGGCUCAGGAGAAGAGAAGGAGCCUCCCCAAACGAAAGCUAAAGCUGGAGGACUACCCAGAGUUCAUAGCCAAACGUUAUGUUGACUUCAGGACAUACCGGAACAACGUCUUGCAGAAGUGGCAUGAGAAGACAAAGCUGGCAUCUGGCAAAAUGGGAAAGGGUUUUGGUGCCUUUGAGCGUUCAAUCUUGACUCAGAUUGAUCAUAUUAUGAUGGACAAAGAGAGAUUGCUACGGCGGACACAGACCAAGCGAUCAGUGUACACAGUGCUGGGAAAGCAGGAAGAGGAAUCUCAUCCAGUCCCUGAAUCUUUGCCUGAAAAUUCGGAAGUCCUCCCUCAGUCAGAUUCCAACAGGCACCUGAAGGACAUAGAUGAGGAGAUAUUUGAUGAUGAUGACUUUUAUCACCAGCUUCUUCGAGAACUUAUAGAACGUAAAACCACUUCAUUGGACCCCAAUGACCAGGUAGCAAUGGGCCGGCAGUGGCUGACCAUCCAGAAGUUACGAAGCAAAAUAAAGAAGAAAGUGGACAGAAAAGCCAGCAAAGGAAGGAGGAUCCGGUAUCAUGUCCAUAGCAAGCUGGUGAGCUUCAUGGCACCUAUUGACCACUGUACAAUGAAUGAUGAUGCCAGGACGGAGCUUUAUCGUUCGCUGUUUGGAAAAAUCACAGGUCCUGAAGAACCCGAGCAGAAUUAGCAUCAGGCCUUCACACCAGGACAUCUCCUCUGCCUGAGCAGCUGCUGGUUUGUUCUAAAACCCUCACUGAAGGAACAUCAAAUACGGUUACUGCUAAAUGACACAGGCUCAGAAAGAAGGGAGGGGAAGACAUUUAGCCUGGCUAAACACCCUCCUCCCUGGUUUUAAAAUGAACUCUGGUUCCUCCUAAAGACAAUCCAUUUUAAACUAUUCUCUUCAAAUUCCUGACCUUGAUUUUGCAGUCUGCUCAGCACAGGCACAGGGUUCUGCUGGGGGGAGGGACAUGCAGUUCAGACCAGCAGGGACCACCAGCCCCCCCCCCCUGCAAUCAGGUCACCCACGUUUGUGUUAAAUCCUGAGAGAUUAUUAUUUGGGGGAUUGGGAGGGGAGUGUUUAAGUGUGCUGUUCUGGUCGAUGGCUGCAUAUCUGGAAUGUGUGACUUUAUUUUUCACCAAGUCAAGAGGAUUUAAAUAUCAUUUACAUAAUUAGCAUGGCCUUAAAACAGAGAAAAGGUGCUGUCCCUUGCAGCCAGCCAGAGCUCCCAGUUCACACUCCCGUGUCUGAGCUCUCGCUGCAUGUAGGGACAUUUCCUGACUGGUGAUGAGCACAACGUGGGGAUAUUUCUGCAGUUAGAACAUACUGGUGAAUUUUUCAGCCCUAUAUUGAUUCUGCACACCUAGUUAUUUCUACUGAUGGUGACUCAGAGCCAUCCUGCCUUCACCAUCACUGUGACACAGUGCUGGGAGAUGCCAGCACAAAUGUGAAGUGGCCAGAGGAGAUGACUCACUUGAGGGGGUUUGUGGGAUUUUUAUAGCCAAAGGUAAGAGGCCAGAGAUUAAAUCCCCAUAAGGAGAAGGUAUUAGCCUGCAGGGAUCAACCUGGAAUGGAGGAUAUCUUGUGUAUACAAUGUGUGCAUAUAGAUGUGUGUUUAGGUGGCUGUUGCUUGUGACCCAUCUUUGUUCGGUGUUUUCUGCAGUCUAAUUAAAAUGCUUUGUAGAGGGGUUGUCCAAGUGGGAUCAGUGCAGGAACGGUUCCAGCAGGCACAGCCUCUCUCAGCCCCACCAGCACCAUGUUCUUUAUCAGGUGUUUCCAGUGUCAGCACAGAGCCAGAGCUGCACGAGGUGCAAGUGGCCAAGACAUUCAGGGAGCUCUGAGGAUGGAGAGGCUGGAGCACUGUGGGACUGGAGCUGGAAACUCAUCCCCUGGCAGUCCCUGGGGUGAGCAGGGGCUCCAAAGGUGGUACAGCUCAGGGAUCAGGGUGUUGGUGGAACAAACCCCUCUGCCUAUGAGGUCCCACUCGUGACACAAGCUGCUGCAGGGGCCUGCAGUGUCCAUGGUGUGCUGGGGGCUCAUCUCCACUAAGCGGCUUGCCCAGCUCCCUCCAGGCAACUCAGCAGUGGGUGCUGGUUCAGUGACACCCAGCACAACAUCACAAACAUCUAAAGGUUUGCAAGAAACAGUUGUUCACCAACUGAAAAGCCCCAUUUCUGAACUGAUGGGUUGUUGUUUGGUGGUGUGUUUUUUUUUUUUUGGGGGGGGGAGGGGUUACCCUGCAUAAGUCAGCUUUUCAGUGGGCAGCUGAAUUUUACUUUUAAAAUAUUUUUUUUCUUAUGAAGCUUAAAUAAAAAUACAAUUUCUGAUUGAAA